GAACAAGUCCAACAGACGACUUCAAUAAUACAAACUAUUGACUUAUACAGACAUUUUCCAAUUAAUGAAUUUCUGUUAUUCAUCCACAAAAACAAUUUAGACUAAGCAAUCACAACCAUACCACCAAAAAAAAAGAUGUCCUCUAGUUAUCUUCUUUCCUUCCUCUUCCUUUCUCUUGUAAUUUCCACCAUCUUUUCGGACCUUAAUGCGGAUAGAGCUGCUCUCCUCCGCCUGAGUGCGGCCUUCAGAGGCCGCACUCUUGGGUGGAACACCACCAAUACAACCCCAUGCUCAUGGCAAGGUGUCAAAUGCAAUACUAUAAUCAACCGUGUAACUGAACUCCGCCUCCCCGGAGGUGGUCUAUCCGGUGAGAUGCCCUUAAAUUCCAUUGGAAACUUAACAGAAAUUCGUACUCUCAGCCUCCGGCUUAAUUCUUUAUCAGGGCUUCUUCCUUCUGACUUGGGAUCAUGCACUGAGCUACGCGUUCUUAAUUUGGAAAAUAACAACUUUUCUGGUGCAAUUCCAAUGACUUUUUUCAAUCUGAACAAUCUUGUACGUGUGAGUCUUUCUGGAAACAGGUUUUCUGGUAAGAUAUCAGACAGGUUUAACAAUCUGAUUAUGCUGAAAACUUUGUACUUGCAGAAUAACAACUUCUCUGGCUCACUUCCUGACCUGAAAAACCUCUCACAUCUCAAUGAAUUCAAUGUCUCUUUCAAUAGAUUAACAGGUUCGAUCCCUUCUAGUUUAGGUGGAUUCUUAGCUCCUGCUUUUCUUGGAAAUUCACUUUGUGGUGGCCCUGCUGUCUCUCUCGGUCCUUGUCCUAACAAUAACCCCACCAACCAAUCUGAUAAACUUUCUGGUGGAGCAAUAGCUGGAAUAGUAAUCGGCUCGGUUGUCGGGUUGUUAUUAGUACUUCUAGUUUUGUUUAUGUUAGUGAGAAUUUGUAGGAGUAAAAAAAGUUCCCGGCAAGUGAGCAUGUCUCCUAUGUCGCCCGUGAAACCACCAGAGGAUCAAUUUCCGAGUUCUCAUUCAACAAUAGUGGCAGAAAAUCAUGACAUUGAAAAUGUUUUUUCGGACAGGAAAGAUACAAAGGGGAGAGUAAGGGGAAAAGUUUGUGAUGAUAGGACUAAGGGGAUGGUGUUUUUUGGAGAAAGUUUUGAGUUUUUCAGUUUGGAGGAUUUAUUAAAGGCUUCAGCUGAGGUUUUGGGAAAAGGGUUCAUUGGAACUACUUAUAAAGCAUAUUUGGAUAGAGAUGUUGAAGUGGUUGUGAAGAGGUUGAAAAAUGUUUCUGUUUCAGAGAAGGAAUUUAGGGAAAAAGUGGAGGAUUUGGGAGAAAUUGGUCAUGAGAAUUUGGUGCCUCUCAGAGCAUACUAUUAUGGAAGAGAUGAAAAGCUUAUUGUUUAUGACUCUAUGCCUACAAGCUUGUAUACUGUUUUGCAUGGCGAAAGAGUUUCAAAAGAAGCAUUGACAUGGGUGAUUAGGAGUAGAAUUGCAUUAGGAGCUGCCACUGGUAUCGAAUAUCUCCAUUCACUAGGCCCUAAAGUCACUCAUGGCAACCUCAAGUCAUCUAACAUCCUCCUCUCAGAGUACUACGACGCAUAUGUAUCAGAAUUUGGCAUAACACAGCUGAUCUCCUCCAGAUCAAACUUCAGAAUGACUGGAUACACCGCGCCUGAGGUGACAGAUAUUCAUAAUAUUUCACAGAAAGCCGAUGUCUAUAGCUUUGGCACCAUUCUCUUGGAACUCCUAACGGGUAAAAAUGCUAUCAACGACGAGGGACUUGACCUGCCUAAAUGGGUGAAAUCUAUAGUUGAAGAGAGGUGGACAAUACAAGUGUUUGAUCCUGAGUUAAUUAGAUUUCAGAAUUCUGAAGAGCAAAUGGUUACAUUGCUGCAUCUCGCUGUUUCUUGUACGUCCAAGCACCCGGAAAGGAGGCCUCCUAUGGCUGAGAUUACCAGGCGCAUCAAACAAAUUUGUAGCUGAAUUUUGUGAUGUUGAUCUUUUGUCCUCAUUCUUGGCCAAAUGAAGGUGAAGAUCAUGGUUUUAGCAAGCUUCUUGGUUCAAAACAGUACUUUCUUUUGGCAUAAUGCUAAUUGUUUUUCCCUAUAUGAUGAAACUCUUUUAGGUUCCUUCUUUCAUUUUAAUCUGUCCAUCUUGUUACUAUUUUGAUGGUAAACAGAAGUAGAUAAUGUUUUUGUUUACUGGUCUUUUGCUCGUAGGACUAGAAGCAAAAUAUUAUAAAGACUCUUCUUAUGCCCAUUUCUGUUAAUAAAAUUGAAUAUAUUCAAGCAUUUUAUGCAGCAAAAUCAUUUGUGUCACUGA